AUGGAUGCGAACAUUGCUGACGUGGAAACUGAUGAUGAGCUUAACGAGGCUGAAGAGUAUGAAACUUGGAAAGCAAGAGAGAUUGCAAGGAUCAAGAGGGAUAGAGAGGACCGUGAUGCAAUGUUAAAGGCGAAGGAAGAGAUUGAGAAGUUGAGAAACAUGACAGAGGAGGAAAGGAGGGAGUGGGAAAGAAAGAAUCCCAGACCUGCUUCGACACCAAAGCAGAAGUGGAGGUUCAUGCAGAAGUAUUACCACAAGGGUGCCUUCUUCCAGUCAGAAGCCGAUGACCGUGCUGGAACAGCCGGAUCAGAUUACAUUUACAGCCGCGAUUUCUCUGCUCCAACUGGAGAGGAUAAAAUGGACAAAACUAUUUUGCCCAAAGUCAUGCAAGACAAGCACUUUGGUCGGAGUGGAAGGACAAAGUGGACUCAUCUUGUUAAUGAAGAUACAACUGAUUGGAACAAUCCCUACAAUGACCCUCUCAGGGCGAAGUGCAAUGCGAAGAUGGCUGGAGUGAAUGCCCCCAUAUCGAAACCCAAAGGAAUCAAGAAAUUGACGGACUGGGAGUCUCGAUGA